GGAGGAGGAGGGGGGGUGGCGGAGAGAGAGGCUCGGUAGAAAAGGAGAGGGGAAAGGACCGAGCCAGUGCCAUGAACAGCGCCCUGCCGUACGAGCCGGGCUCCAGGAGCGGCGAGCGGGACCGGACCUCUGCGGCGCGCCGCCUCUCCUCGCCCAGGGGGCUCCUGCUGUCCUCGCCGGCGGCCCACCGCCGGCCCUCGGCUCCCCCCGCCCUCCUGCCGCCGCCCUGCCAGCAGCUGCAGCACCAGCGGCUCUCCUCCUCGCUCUGCUCGUCGGCCUCGCUGGCGGCCCCCGCGCCUCCGGCCCGGGGCCCCUGCCGCUGGCCGCUGGGCGUCAUGGCCCUCCUCCGCCUCAGCCUCCUGCUCUUCAGCUGCCUCUUCUGGGCGGCGGGACUGGCCAUCUUCACCCUGGGCGUGUGGACCCAGGUCUCCCUCUCCGACUACAUGCUGCUGUCCGCCAACAGCUACCCCAACGCGCCGAUGGCCCUCCUGGCCACAGGGGGCGCCAUCACCGCCUGGGGAUUCCUGGGCUGCCUGGGCACGGCGGCCAGGCUGCCCUGCCUGCUGCGGGCCUACGGCUUCUUCCAGCUCUUCACCCUGGUGGCGGGGCUGGCCGCCGGGCUUUCCGGCCUCUUCUACCGCGAGGACAUCGCCGAGGGCUUCCGCAGCGGGCUCCAGCGGGCGGUGGCGGCCUACGGCGAGGACGAGGGCCGGGCCAACGCGCUGGACGGCCUGCAGAGGGCGCUGCGGUGCUGCGGGGCCGAGGGCUGGGAGGACUGGCUGACGUCCGACUGGACGCCCCUGGGCCCCCCGGUGAACGACUCCCGGGUCUCGGUGCCAGACAGCUGCUGCGCCCGCCGAAAAGCCUGCUGGAACCGGCCCGUCCCCGACGAGGGCGACGGGGGAGGGCCGGAGGCAGCCGGGAUCCACCGCCACGGAUGCUUCCGGAAGGUCUUCGGAAUCGUCAACGACAACGUCUUCCACAUCGCCGCCACCGUCCUGGGCCUGGCGUUCACCCAGGUGGCCGGCAUCGCCUUGGCCUGCCUGCUGGCCAACCGGCUGGCACCCAGGGGCCAGCUCGGGGGGGGGCACUGACGAGGGGGGAACACCAUUUCGGACUGGACGGGGACCCCAAAAAAUUCCUAGGGAACCUCCGCAGGUAACGCGACUACCUUGCCGUGUAUCGAAGUACUGGAUUCCCCCCCCCCACCUCUUCCAAAUGAUAGAACCGGGGAAGAGACAGAGCAAAGGCUAACACAGACGGCGGUUUGGACACGGAACCUUCGUUCCUCUGCUUAUGGCUAAAAUACGUCAUUAGAAAACAGCUGAAGGUUUCAUGCUAGCGUAUUUCAGCUAGUUAGUCUGCUCUCACUGCAAGAACCAAACAAUAAGUCUGCCUUAAAACUUACAAUUUUAUUUAUUUUUUUUUUUGCUAAAUAAGACAAAAUGAUUUCCGAAAAGGUGGUGAGGUGAGAGUUUUACUCAUUUCAAGAUUUGGGGAAAGACAGUUUCACUUGUCAAGCAAAAUGCAACAAGCUAAUAUUUUGUCCUGGAGAGAAAAAGUCAUAAAAAUAUAAGAUUUCAAGUUUCAUCACAAGACUAAAACACAUCAGACAGACUUAACUCUAACCCGAACCCUAAUCCUAAUUUGAGACAGACUUAUUUUUGUGUUUUUGCCGUUUCUGAGCCUGUCCGAGGGACAGAUUUUUGUGAAUGCUGUCUCUUCCCUGUUUGUUGGGGAGUGAUGGGGGGGG